AUGAGCAAGAGAUAUUUUGAUUAUCUAGAAGAUUUGAAGUAUUGUUUUGGAAAAAAAGAUAGUGAUUCAUUCUAUUUAUUAAAGGAAAUAUUAAAGAAAUCUGUUAAUGAAAAGCCCAUAUUGAGUAAAUGUUCCGAAAAAUUAGGAGUUAUAUUGGAGCUCUCUGAAUUUAUCAUAGAAUCUUUUAAACAAAAAGGCUUCACUCCCGAUGAAUUGAAACUCCUAUCCGAACUCUCAGUUUUACUAGGGUUAAUUAGAAAUAUAUCGACUGUUUCUCUUGAAAAUAGGAGGAUCAUUUCUAAUUCUAAGAUAUUCAAAAAUUUGAAUUAUUUUAUAUAUAUUAAACUUGGUAAUGAAGAAAAAAUGGGACUAUUUAACUUAGUUUCAUAUGAAAUUUUAAAAGUCUUAGACUAUCCAUCCCCAAAAGAUAUUUCUUAUAAUGCUGAACAUUUUAAAGAAUUUUUGCUCCUCACCAGCAGGUUUCUUCAAAUAUUAGCAAAUAUUUCAGUUGAUAAUAAUAUUGAAUACCGAAAAUACUUGUUUAAAGCUUUAUACCCAUUUGGUUUUAUUAAUAUAUAUUUGUCUGAACUGAUUUCUUUGGCUCUUGGGAAUUCAAUAAGUAUUAGAACUGAGACAUCUACUGUUGCUUGUUCGUUUCAUCUUAUUUACAAUUUAAUUAAAAAUAAGACAGUUACUAUGGAUGAAGUUGUAUGCAAGAAGGAGUUAUUUGGUUGUUUUGUUUUUGUUGCGAUCUCAAUGUAUUUUAAUACAUUAAGAUAUGCAAAUACUGAGAAUUUAAAGUCAUCAGAGUGGAUGUUUUUCUUUUUCAAAUAUUUGUUUUCUGAAAACCCAUCUACAUUUAGUGAUUUAUAUUUUUAUAAACAUUCAGAAGAUUCUACCAUCGAAUGUGACGCCUCUCUCAUUUAUCUAACAAUGCAGGAACCCUAUAUUAAAUUAUCAAUGCUUGAAAGCAACAAUAAAAAUAUAUCAGAUGCAAAAAUAACAAAAGAAAUUUUAAUUCUUCAGAAAUAUCUUUCAAAUACUAUAAUAACAGAAUACGAAUACAAGGAGAUUUUACUUGAAAUUUGUGUAGAAAUCGAAACCAAUACCAAUUUUAAACAAAACUUACAGGAAUCAGCUGAUCAAAACAUAAUUUCUCAAAUUCUCCUCUUAAAUGGUACUUUUGAUACGAUCCUUUCAGAAAUAGAGAAAGGAGUUUCCUAUCUGGAUCAGUUAAUUAAUCUUCAGAUUGAGAAUUAUUUGUCAAGUGCGAGAAGCAAAAAUCCUGUAGGUUUCAGUGUAUCAAAGUUUGGAAAUGUUAAAGGAUGGGUUUCUGUUCUAAGAAUUAAUACUCCUAAAAAUGAAAGUAAUAUUGAUUUUUUUGGUAAAGCACUUAUAAACCUUGCAGACUUAUUGAGAGUUAUGUUAAAAUUUAGAAAACAUCUAAUCAAAUCCAAGAGUAUAGGAAAUGAAGAAAUAAGAACUAUUUGGAAGCUAAUCAGUGAGGAGAUUUCUAUGGCCUCUAUCAUUCAAGCAAUUUCCACAAUUUUUUAUGGAAAUACUCAACUCCAAAAUUCAUUUACUUUAAUUCAGGAUGGUAAGUUCAAAAAAGAAUCUAUAAAGCUUUUAACUGUGCUUAAAGGAAUUGAAAUGCUCAUCGAAUGUACAACAAUCGUUGAUGAGAACCACCCUUUAAUAAGAGAAGCUGCAGUUUUUUCCCUGAGAUCAAUUACCGCAAAUAACUCGAAGGCUUCCGAGAUUAUUUUUAGUUUGGGUAAAAAAAAAGCAUAG